ACAGUUGGCUAUUUGGUUUGGCAUAAAGGGAGCGAAAACAGCCAAAUCACAGAAAAGUCUGUCCUACUUUUCGAAAAAAGGUUGUUCUUUUCUCGCAACAACAUAUUGAACUCGCGCAGAAUGCCGUCAAUGAAAGUGGAAGGCGACAGUGAUGGGGACGGGGAUUUGUCUGGUGGUGAGACUGAAAGGUCCGGUGGAUCCUCCAGGGGUCCCGACAGAGACUCCAGCGCUGAAGAAGCAGAUGAGCCUGACUCGGAUGACUCUUCGGAGAUGGAUGAGAGCGAGUGUGAACGCCGGAGAAACGAGUGCCUGGACAAUUUAGCUAACCUCGAGCGUCAAUUCACCGUGCUACGAGAGCAACUGUAUUCGGAGCGUAUGAAACAUGUGGAGUACCAACUGACCGAGGUCCGGGGUGGGCGCUCCCAGGAGUAUCUCGGUCCUCUCCGGCGCCUGCAAGACAACAUGAGAGUUAGGAUCGAGGUGGCGGGCAUCCUGAAGCAGAUGCGCAUAGAGAACAUCAAACACAAGUACGAGGCGGAGGAGCAGGCGGCGCAGCAGCAUUUUAAGAGUGAAAAAUGGCUGAGCUACGAGAGUCUAAAAGAGGAGAUUCUUGAGAAAAUCCGUCGACUAGAGGAAGAGCGCCACACGGUCGACCUCUGGUCUACGGGGCCCGAGUCGGCGACAAGUAAGGGGUUUUAUCAACCUUUAGCCGCCACAUAUUUGAGAAAAGCUAAAUAG